AUGCCCGUGAAAGAAACCGAGGCGGAUAGUAGGUAUGUAGUUGGAUGCGCGAGCAUGGAGCCUACAAACACUAGCUAUCCGAACGCCACUCAUACGCCGAACGUCAGUAAACCCGAUAAUGUCAAUCGUAGAACUAUUCAGUUUCCCGAAGGGAAAGAACUGUUAGAGACGGACAAAACCGAGCCAAAGCCGCACAAGCGCGAAAACAAUCGAGCCACGGACGAUUCCCUCCGAAAAAAAAAAUCGGGUCGCCGGAAAACUGGCCGGAAAAUUUUCCCGGCGACGGACCGGCGGCCGAGCCGGUACUCGGACACCGUCGACCAUGCACCACCAUCCCCUCGAUCGCAACCCAUCCCAUCCCAUCCCGCUCAAACUCGGAUGAUCCCGGUCCAGCCCGAGGUCCUCGGGAGCUUUUGA